AUGUCUAGAAUUAAAUUCGCCAUCCUCGAUGACUACCAAAACCUCUCCCGCAAGCACUUCGCCCACCUCACCUCCCGCGUGGACAUCUCCUACUUCCCCGAUACCCUCGACCCGCGCGACCGCGCGCAGCAACAGCAGCUGAUCGCCCGCCUGCGGCCAUUCGACGCCAUUCUGGCUAUGCGAGAACGGACUCCCUUCAACGCAGCCACCAUCGCCGCCCUCCCCAACCUGAAACUCCUCCUAACAACCGGCAACCGCAAUUUAUCCCUCGAUCUCCCCGCCCUCACCGCGCGCGGGAUCCCCGUCGCCGGGACCAUCGGCCGGCCCCCAGGCGUCAACUCCACUGUCCAGCACACCUGGGCUCUGAUCCUCGCUCUGGCGCGGCACGUCGCGCGCGACGACGCUGCCGUCAAGGCAGGAAAAUGGCAGGGGUCGCUAGGGGUCAAUCUAUCCGGCAAGACGCUGGCGCUGCUGGGACUCGGCAAGCUGGGCGCGCAGGUCGGGCGGAUCGCGGUCCUCGCAUACGGGAUGAAAGUCAUCGCGUGGUCGGCGAACCUGACGCAGGACAAGGCCGACGAGCAGGCGACAGCGCAGGGGUUACCGCCGGGGAGCUUCGAGGCGGUGCCGGAGAAGGGGGAGUUCCUGCGGCGGGCGGACGUGCUCAGCGUGCAUUAUGUGCUGUCUGAGCGGAGUCGGGGGAUCGUCGGGACGGAGGACCUGGCUGCGCUGCGGCCGGAGGCCAUGAUCGUGAAUACGUCGCGCGGUCCGCUGAUUGAUGAGCGGGCACUGCUGGAGACGCUGAACGCGGGUCGGAUCCGGGGCGCGGCGCUCGAUGUGUUUGAUCCGGAGCCGCUACCUGCUGAUAGUCCGUGGCGGACCACGGCUUGGGGUGUUGAUGGGCGCAGCGAGGUGUUGUUGACGCCGCAUAUGGGGUAUGGGGAGGAGGAGCUGAUCAAUGGGUGCACAAUGGCCCCCAUCGCCGUGCAAGAAGCGGCUCCCACAACCUGUACAACAACAACAACCCCACACCCAACUCACCCCGGGCUCAUUCAAGUCAACCGCUCCCCCAAAGCCUUCGGCAGCAGCGCCUCCUCGCUCGUCUCGCUCCCAGCAGGCGCCGUAUUUGCCAAAAUCACCACCGCCACGCCCUCCAAGAAGGCCUACACAUCCGUCCAGACGGGCCGGGACAGCCACAUCGAGCUGAACUCGGACCUGGUGUUCUGCAACCACUCCUGCGACCCUAGUUUGAACUUUGAUAUGGAUAAGAUGGAGGUGCGGGUUGUGGACGAUCGGCCGUUGAAGGUUGGGGAUGCGUUGACGUUCUUCUAUCCCAGUUCGGAGUGGGAGAUGGAUCAGGCGUUCAACUGUAACUGCGGGAGUGAGAAGUGUAAGGGGUGGAUUUCUGGGGCGAAGACGAUGGGGAGGGAGGAGUUGGAGGGGUACUGGUUGAAUCCGCAUAUCGAGGAGUUGUUAAGGGAGAGAGAUGGGCAGCUGUGA